UAUCGAGAAACUAAGUAAAUACUUUGUUUUGCAAGUUUAAUCGUCUCCUGGAUGGACAUUGGACGUGUUCUGUGACCAUGAACUGGUUUUUAGUCAUAUCCGUUGUGUUUAUUUUAAGUGAUUUAGUUUAUUCAGAAAAUUGUGAAUUGUCUGAUUUACCACCUAAACCAGACAGUGGAUGCUGUGGUCGCGCCGUUCGAGGAAACGUAACAAGUGGCUCCAUAGCUCAAAUCGGGGAAUACCCAUGGAUGGGCAGCGUGGAAUAUCGCAAAAAGGAUGGUACAAUCAAGCUGCUUUGCAGUGCCGUCCUCAUCAGCGGGAAAUACGCGCUUUCUGGUGCUAAAUGCUUUUCUGAAUUGGCAUUGAAGAUCGGCAGGCCAGUAAAUGUACGUGUAGGAGACUAUGACGUCAACAACGAUGGGCCGGACUGUGUAGAUGCUGCUGACGGACAAAUUUGUACUGACGGAGCGAUUUCCAUACCUAUCGAGAAAUUUACAGUGCAUCCCGACUAUAAUAGUAGAAACAAUGAUCGUCACAAUGACAUAGUCUUGAUAAAGCUUGCCAAAAUGGCUCCGUACACAGAUUUCGUCCGUCCGAUUUGCAUGCCAUCCAUCGACAUCGUACAGAAGGCACCAAAGAAGCUGUACAUGACGGUAGCUGGGUGGGGAGCGGUGAACGCAACCGUGACAACAAGUAACGUGUUGCGACGGGUUCACGUACCUUAUGUAGACUUUUAUCUUUGCAGACAUUUGUACAACCAAACGCGGUUCAAACAUCUUCAGCUGUUUGAAGGGCAGCUUUGCGCCGGCAGUAAGAACAGAGACUCCUGCCAAGGCGACUCGGGAGGUCCCCUUAUGUUGCUAAAAGGGAAAACUACAGAGUUGGCUGGCAUAGUGAGCUUUGGUCCAAAACCUUGCGGACUAGGAGAUAUUCCUGGAGUGUAUACUAAUGUAUUUACUUACUACGAUUGGAUAAAGACUAUAAUUGAAGAUGAGCAAUCAAAGAAACAAACAGAAACAAGAAUAGAAACGACAACGGAAAAGGAACUUUACUCCGACCUGAUUGUUUUCAGAGAGUGAGCUGAUGUUCGUCAAGUUAAAAGCUUAAAAAAAGGUAUUCAUUGUAAGUUGUACCUCAGUAAAAUUAAACAGAAAAACAUGGACAGAAGUUAUUUUUAAAUCCAAUUUAUAUUUAAUAAGUCAGGUAGAAAUAUAUAAAUUAACUGAGACCGUUACGUCACUCAAUUCGAUUUCAUAUAAAUUCCAUAUUAGCAAG